AAGAAACAGCUAGCAAGGAAACAAAUUGUUUAAUGUUACUCACGAAGUUGAAAGGCGUAAAUGUUCUUUGAGUCUGUCACUCAGACAGCUCAGUGGGACAUCCAAAGUUGCUUGUGAGCUAUAUACUGUGUGUAAAGUGGGAGUGUUUAGAAGGAAUGAGCGUCACGCAUUGAGGAAAUCGAGCAGAAAAAGUAGCUAUCUGGAGUGCUAACCGCUGUCAUCCUCAUCAAGGAGAGUUCUUUGUUUUGUUUCUCAGAUUUGAGUGAUCAUGGGACGAAGCUAGUUCAUUUUUCACUGUUGCCACUUGACAUGUUUGCAGGAGUUGACUAAGCAUGACAGGAAUGUGAUUGUCGAUAUAAACCUGAGUAGUGAAUAAUUCCUGGGACUAAACUAAUAUUAGCCGACCCAGAGCAAGUUUAGCAGCAUAGUUGUGAUUUUUGACGUCGGCCCUGAAACGGACUGGAGGCACGGAAAUAUGGGCAACUGUCUGAAGUCCCCAACAUCCGACGACAUCUCUCUGCUCCACGAGUCCCAGUCAGACAGGGCGAGUUUCGGUGACGGGACAGAUCCCGAUCUGGAGCCGCCUCCUCCGUACCAGGAGCAGGCUCACAUGCCCAUGUACCACCCGACACCCAGUCAGGCCCGUCUGGCCACCCAGCUGACGGAGGAGGAGCAGAUCCGCAUAGCUCAGCGCAUCGGCCUCAUCCAGCACCUCCCAAAGGGCGUUUAUGAUGGAGGACCAGACGGUUCAGAGAAGAAGAUCAGAGAGUGUGUAAUCUGUAUGCUGGACUUUAUUUACGGAGACCCCAUUCGGUUUUUGCCAUGUAUGCACAUUUAUCAUAUGGAUUGUAUAGACGACUGGCUGAUGAGAUCCUUCACCUGCCCCUCCUGCAUGGAGCCUGUGGAUGCCGCCCUGCUCUCCACCUACGGACCAACCGACUUCUCUCCCGAUGCUUAGCCUGCUGUGGCAAACCCUAAACCUAACAGCUGCCCUCUUGUGGAAUGAGAGGAGUUCAGAGAUGUAUCGUUUACCUUGCACUUUGGAAAUUUUAAAACAAAUUACUCGCCCAAUGUUGGCCUUUCAUUCUUCCGAGGUCUGAUGCUAAUUUAAGCUGGUCUUAAAACAUCAGUUACGAGUCAGAAACAGUUUCCCUGCAUGAUUGUGCUUCUGUGUGUUUGUUUCGCCCAGAUUGUGUCGUGUGUAGCAGCAGGUUAAAGAACACAUUGAAUUGUGAUUGUGUGUGUCUGUGUGUGUGUGAGAGAGAGAGAGCUCUGUGGUAAAUGAACAUUUUCACUUGAGCUGGUCUCACUUCAACAUCACUUUGUCACUUGAUCACAAAAAUGGAUUCAAAUGAACAUAUAGUUUACCAAAUUACUGACUCUUAAGCUUAGCGAUUGGAACAUGUUUCUGCAACACUGAUCUCCUUAACAUGCUCCAACCUGAAAUGGGCUUAUCCUUCCGUGUGCAAAUACUAAGACAUGCACUUGUCAAGUCCAGAUUCCAAACAAUACACAGAAAUACAACAUAAGUCAUUCAGUAUAAUAGACUGUAUAUUUGUUACAUGAAUGUUGCACCAGAUGAUGUUUAGGUUGUCUGUCAAGGGCUGAUUUGUGCAUGGACAAGGAGUGGGAGGAGUCAGUCAAACUUUAGAAACGCUUGCACACACCUUUCACCUGAUCAGAGAUUUGCACUUUACUUAUAGGACAUUAUCUAAAACAGCAUAUUAAUAUAUUUACCUUGUAACCUUGCACUAUCAAAACUUUCUUUUAUCUCCUGAGACGCAGGAGUUAUAUAGCUGAUAAGAUAUUUCCCUACUGUCUGUAGUGAGUAAGCCUGAAGAUGCAUUUCAUAAAAUCGAUGAUCCAGCAGUGUGAACGUCUGUUUUGUUUUUCGUAUUUUAAUUUAGAUUUUUCUCUUUUUUCUGUUUAAGAGAAGGGACAGAGGCUUGCUUGAGGUGAAGGGAGUAGUUUGACACUUUCAGAUCAGGAGUUUUCUGAUAGUGAUGGUGUCGGGUAUGUGCUGCAGACAAGUAUGUUUUUGUAGCAAACAAAUAAAAAUGAAUAUAUUGACUUCUCAAAGUAUAAAAUAAAACAGCAGCUAGAUGUUUAUUAUGAUUUUGAUUUUUGUUCUUUUUUAUUUUUCAUCCGUUUUCUUCACUGUGUUCUUUUUAAGUUUGAAGGAGUCUUUUCUUGUGCAGUCAGUCUUCUUCGAUAUUAUUUUAAUUGAGAUGCACUAAUCGACAUUUUCCUGACCAAUACACAUUUGCAGAGUCUUUUGUGUUGCCCUGUGAUGAACUUGUGGCCUGUGCAGGGUGUACGCCACCUCUCACCAAAUGACCACUAGGGAUAGACAGGAGCUAUUUGUUUUGAGCCCAAGAGAAAGUUGUUUAAACCUAAUUUGUGCAAUAAAACAUAUAUCCCUAAUUUUUUUUAUAUAUACAUAUAUAAAUUUGGGCAAAAAUGUGCAUCAAACUACACAAUUUAGGAGCAUUUAGGAGAAACAAAUGCUUCAGUAAUUGACCUGCCAAUCAUUAAUCAAAGCUGAUCGAGGGAAAAUUGACUGAUGGGUGCAUCUCUACAUCUCGGCAAUUUAAGUUGAACUUUUCAUGUGUUUAACAUAAGAAUCUAGAUUAAUUUAUUAAACACAAAUGUUUUACUUUAAGUCACUGUAGCAGUAGUUAGCAUAGUUGUUUAUCUGAUUUGUAGCAUUAUAAAUUUUUUUUUUUUUUUGUCUUUUUCAGUUUAACUGUGUUUUUAUUUCACAUUUAUGUUAAAUCCACUGCACAUUUAGUACAUUUACUAGCUAGCUUGUACACUGUUUUUAUGUGCAAACCUCUGUCCCAGUAUUGAGACUUCUUUUGUGGUGGUAAAAGUAAGACAUAAGAGGUAAAGUAAGACAUACUGAUUUCCUCUUGCUUUUCCUUUAUUGUUUCUCAGUUUUAACUUUAUUCUGAGCAUUUCUUGUAAUCGUUUUAUUUCUGUCCCUUUGAAAGGUUAAGUCCUUGUGUAAACAAUAAAUUGGAGAAAAACUA